GAUAACUCUAAACGAAGAAAAUGUCAGAAGUAUCAGUGUUGAAGUGACCUCCUCAUGAGAAUGAGAGGAUGCAUUGCCUCUAGUAAACACGGUGGUUUUGUGACUUAAUUUUGAAUGCGAUUGGUUGAAAUACAUUUGAUCUGGAGAAUGGUCUUUCUUAAGUUACAUUGUUGACAAAUGAGCAUUUGAGAUACUGUACAUAUCCAAGCUAGGCCUACUGUACAAUGCAGAUGGCUGGCCAUGAUGAAAGAAACUUCCGGACUUACUAUUAUGAAAAGUUUGGCAUUGGAGGGGUGGAUGAAAAGAAAUCCCUGGAGAUUCUUCUUAAAGAACAACCACUUAACAUUGAGAAGCUGAGACAAUUCUCUUUACGAUUCCAAGUCCCAGCCAUGUAUAGGAUUCAUUUGUGGAAAGCCAUUUUAGGGAUUACUCCAGCAAAUUCCAAAUCUACAGAUUUUGUGAUGAGUCAGCGUCGUCAGCAGUAUGAAGAUCUCCACCAUGCUCUUGUUAUUAUGAGGAGAAUUGACAGUCACACUCCCCCAGGAGAAGUUUACACAAAGAUGUUUCUUCUACAAACAGGCAUGCUGUCAUUUGAGGAUCAUGAUUUGAACAACCCAGAGAAUCAAGCUCUUGUUUCCAUGGGUACUUCAGUAAGUGGUAUAGUAGAGGACGAUGUGGAUGGGUACUGGAUUACUACAAAGUUUUACACACAGUUCAGCAAGUGUAAGGAGUCCCUUCAACAGUUGCCAGAAAAGACCAUUCAGUACCUAAAAAGGGAAGAUAAUGACCAGCGCCUUGUCAACCACCUCAAUAAACAUGAUGUCUGGAGUUGUCUGCCCCUGGUCGACUGGUAUAGGCGAUGCUUUUCUAAUGUCCUCCCUGAUACAUCAUUUGAAAGAGUCUGGGAUAAGGUUAUUGGAGGCUCUUGUAGUAUACUUAUCUAUGUGGCAGUGUCUAUAUUCCUGACCUUCAAACGCCCGCUCUUGAGCAUGAACAGUCGAGAUGACAUGGUGAACUACCUUCUUAAAAUCCCAGAGGAUAGUGGGGAUGUCCUUGUAAUACAAGCUAUAGAACUUUGGCAGAAACAUGGCGGACAUAUGAUACAAACCAAGUCAGACUCUCCAAUCUUUGUGGACAGAUCACCAUCCUGACACAACCUGUCAGUUCCUCGGAGUCAGUUUUGGAAUUCAGGAACAAAACCUCAUGGUUCCUGGGAAAAUUCACUGGUGCAUGAUUAUUGGACACUCUUAGGACACCGACAAAUGAGCUUGACAUUUGUAAACAGACCCGGAUUGUCAUUGUCACUGUACAGAACAUCUAAGGCUGCACUUUAAAAUCAAGCCAGUAUUUCAUAUGAAACUAAGUAAAUGUACUUGACAAAUGCAGUUUUAAGGUUACUUCCUUUGAAAUGCAAAUGUAAAGUUUUGUUACAGUAUUUAAACCACCUUGAUGACGGAGUAAUGUUAAUGAGGCAAAGAGCCAUGCUAAUAUUUAUUAAAGUGAAAGUAGUGUUUAUAUGAAAGUAAUUAGAGUCCAACUUCUGAAAAUCAUGAAACUCAUUCAGAAAUUUACCAUUUGAUGGUGUGAAGUGAAAUAAUGUUGGGAGUGAUCUGGCUGCUGGUGUCUUUAAAAAUAUUGCACUUUAUUAUUGAAUGUUACAGAUACUAAUUGUGCAUUUACACGAUUUUGUUUGGAAUAAAGUAUUUAAAUUUCUCA